AUGAGCCAGCUUCGAAGAGUAGUCGUCACAGGCCUCGGUGUCGUGUCCCCGCUUGGAGUGGGAGUCUCGCAUGCUUGGGCAAAUCUCAUUGCAGGCAAGUCGGGUCUCGUAUCCCUCGACUCCACAGUCCUCGCAAACAACCCAGACGUCCCCUGCCGUGUCGGUGGCCAGGUCCCGCUAGGCUCCGCUGCUGAUGGAAAAUGGGAUGCUCUUGAAUGGGUCGACAAGCCCUCGUUGCGCAGAGUCCCCACCUUUGCACAGUACGCUCUGGCAGCUACCAAGCAGGCUCUCGACGAUGCUCAGUGGCACCCGGCUUCAUCCGAAAACCCGCUGGACCAAGAGCGCACCGGCGUCUGCGUCGGAUCCGGGAUUGGUGGAUUCGAAGAUGCUGUAACUAACAUCACCGGGUUCAAUGCUGGCGGAUAUCGUAAAAUCCAACCCUUGUUCAUCCCACGCCUACUUACAAACAUGGCCGCAGGUCAUAUAUCCAUCAACUAUAAACUUAAAGGCCCCAAUCACGCCGUCUCAACAGCUUGCACCACAGGUGCUCACGCUAUUGGCGAUGCCACCAACUUCAUCUCUCUCGGUAUGGCCGACGUCAUGGUCGCAGGAUCUGGCGAAGCUUCUCUUCAUCCUAUUGCCCUUGCCGGCUUUUCGCGUGCCAAAAGUGUAGCAACCGCCUUUAAUGACGACCCAGAAGCUGCCUCGCGACCUUUUGACAAACGCCGCGCUGGUUUCAUCAUGGGCGAAGGUGCAGGUAUAUUUGUUUUAGAAGAACUGGAACAUGCCUUGGCUCGUGGAGCCAAAAUCUAUGCCGAGGUCGUUGGCUAUGGUCUUUCCGGCGACGCACAUCACAUCACAGCUCCUGCAGAGUCUGGUGACGGUGCACGCAGAUCAAUGCAGAUGGCCAUUGGUCGUUCCGGUGUGGCCCCGAAAGCCAUUGGCUACGUGAAUGCACAUGCAACUUCCACAAAGCUGGGUGAUGUUGCCGAAAACAAUGCUAUUUGCGAGGUACUCAUGGGUCUUAAUAAUCCUGCCCAGGCUUCUUCGCCUGAAAACUUUAAAAGUGCGGCAUCGGAAAUUAACGUCUCAUCCAGCAAGGCCUCCAUGGGCCAUCUGCUGGGUGGUGCAGGGUCGGUAGAGGCUCUUUUCACCGUGCUUGCACUUCGAGACAAUGUUCUGCCUCCCACUCGCAACCUUGACGAUCCUGACGAAGGGUUUGAGUGCAACUAUAUUCCGCAUGUUGCCCAAACUCCCAAGGAGCCUUUGCAGUACGCUAUGACCAACAGUUUUGGUUUUGGCGGAACCAACGCAUCGCUUCUCUUUAAAAAGUGGGCAAACUAG